GCGAUUUGAAUGGAGCAUUGCAUUGGAGCUUCGUCCGCCGCACAGAACGUUAUCGUUAUAAAACACACGCAUUUUCCAGGAGCAAUCAAGUGCGGUGUCGGUGAAUUAAAUUGAAAUUAAAUCAAUUGAUACGACAGCGGUGAAAUCGAAGAGCGCGGAAUCAUCGUCGCUUUAACUAGAGUGUAUUGUGUAACUUUUCAAGACGAUGACAGACCAAAAGGAGGCGACGCGGGGAAGGGUGCCACUGAUCAUAUGAUUGCACAAAGCGGAAAAAACCUAAAAACAUAGCAAACAUUCAUUUCGUUGCCAGAAAAGAAAACAUUACGAAAAUCGAAAGGACAAUAUUGCCCUGGUAUUUUCUCCACUUUCCAUCAUGUACACAAUCAACAAGGGACCCAGCAAAAUCGUUGCUAAAACGCGUCGCGGCCUGGCACAAAAUUUUGAAAAAUUCGAAAGCAUCAAGGAGAGCGGCCGGAAGAAUGCCAGUUUCGAUCUGAACAGUCCCGAGGAGCACAAAAAUAUACCGCGUCCGGUGUUUCAACAGAGCUUCUCCUCCAAGCGGAUAACGCCGACCAAACUGAUCGAGGAUGAGGUGAUAACGCCGCAGCAUGAGGAAAUUAUACGUUACAUAAAUGACUCCUGGAACAUGCUGGUAGCGCAAAAUCCCUACGACUCGAGCUCAUCCGCCAAGCCCGCCGAGAAACCGGUGGCGGAUGCCAACAACAACAGCGCCGCCAGCCCGGUGGAGAGCAUCAUGGCGAACACACCUGUGCCCGCAUCCUCGACAGCGACCGUUUGGGUGGAGCCGCCGAGCCCGGCGCUGCAGGACUUCAAGCCCUUCGACCUGGAGUCGUGGUGGGGCCGUCGCCUCUUCCAGAACAUUACCAAGAGCCUCUAAAAUGGAUAUUCGGGCCGUGAGAGACAGAGCCUGCUCUUUGGUAAUUCCUAGCUAGCUAGUGCUUCCUUUUGUACUUGUACGUUCGACUGGACAUAGGCAAAAUCACACUAGAUAUAUCUAUAGACGAGACGAGAAACUUGCGUAGAUUUCGGUUAGUGGCUAAGUAAUUAUCACUUUGGACUUUAGCGGUUAGGCAGCCUCUGAUGUGGCAAGGCAUGCUUUAGUCUCUUGUUGUUUUAUAAGUGUGUAAAUGAGGUAAAUUAGGAGUCGUCGCCGUUGGCCAAUGUAAAUACUACCUUCGAUUUCUGAUUUGCACUUAAGAAUGUGUUAUAGAGCUGUAAGAAACGUAUCAUCUGGUUUUGCUUGCCAGUUUUUAAAAUCAACACUCUUGUGAAUUGUAUAAAACGAUAAGGUUCGAAUUGACAUCAAAUUUUGCAAAUCCAUUUUGGUCUCACUCAUUUUUGUAAUUGCUGAUUUAACUCUUAACAAUUGCCUGUAUAUAUAUUAAAAAAAAAUGAUUUUCUUUUGUGGACCAUAGUUAAGAUUUAGGAAUAUCCAAAGUAGGAAAUGGUUGAGCCGAUUCCUCGCCACUGGCAUGCAUGUAUUUAGUUUCUCACUCUAGAUCGUUUUAUGUUUAGCAUAAAUAAAAAAUUCAGCCUGUUGCAAAAUAUUA